AUGGCCAAGAGACAAGACAAUGGCCAAAAGACAAGGCAAUGGCCAAGAGACAAGGCAAUGGCCAAGAGACAAGGCAAUGGCCAAGAGACAAGGCAAUGGCCAAGAGACAAGGCAAUGGCCAAGAGACAAGACAAUGGCCAAGAGACAAGGCAAUGGCCAAGAGACAAGGCAAUGGCCAAGAGACAAGGCAAUGGCCAAGAGACAAGACAAUGGCCAAGAGACAAGACAAUGGCCAAGAGACAAGACAAUGGCCAAGAGACAAGACAAUGGCCAAGAGACAAGACAAUGGCCAAGAGACAAGACAAUGGCCAAGAGACAAGACAAUGGCCAAGAGACAAGACAAUGGCCAAGAGACAAGACAAUGGCCAAGAGACAAGACAAUGGCCAAGAGACAAGACAAUGGCCAAGAGACAAGACAAUGGCCAAGAGACAAGACAAUGGCCAAGAGAAAAAUGA